AUGGCCGAACUUAGAAAGUCUAUGGAGGCCAAGGCAGACGUCAGUCAAAUGGAGCGUGUCUUGACAGGAGGCUCCAUUGGGGCCCCUCACAAGCCUGCUGCCAAGAGCGGUAAGGUUGACGAGUUUGGAGCGCACACAAAGACCGACCCCAAGGAGAUUGCGCUCGUGAAGAAAAUUGACUGGUACAUUCUCCCCAUUCUCUGGGUCAUGUACUUCCUCAACUUCCUCGACCGGAAUGCCAUGAUCAACGGCAAACUCAACUCCCUCUCGAAAGACCUCAAACUCAAGGGAACAGAGUACAACACCUGCGUUUCCAUCCUAUUCGUCGGAUACCUGUGUGGCCAGAUUCCCUCAAACAUGAUCCUCAACCGUGUGCGACCGUCCUGGUACAUGGCGGGCUUUAUGUUGGCUUGGUCGAUCAUCAGCCUCCUUACAUAUCUUGCUCACGACUACAAGACGAUGUUGGUGUGCCGCUUUUUGCUUGGCAUUACUGAAGCUCCAUUCUAUCCUGGAGCGUUGUACAUGCUCAGCAUGUUUUACACUCGUAAGGAGAUUGCAACUCGUAUGGCCAUCUUUUACACUGGCAACAUGCUUGCAAGUGCCUUCUCCGGGUUGAUCGCCGCCGGUAUAUUCGCCGGUUUAGAUGGCAAGCAUGGUCUUGCAGGCUGGCAAUGGUAG